AACACGUCACUCACCGGGGACCUGCCACAUACUCGCUAAGCGUUAGCCAGCGGUUAGCAUCUGGCUGCCCAGAAAUGUCCGUUUUUCCAGAAAAAGGGGGACUUUCUCACUUUUAUUAGUCACGAUGACAGGUGAACAAAACGGGAUGGGGUCGUGGAACAAGCCAAAGCUGCCAUCUUCAGCAGACUGAUUCCUGAAUAAUAAAUCAAGCACACCAACAAGUAGGAGACAAUCGGCAUCAUGGGAAGGAUCAGCUUUUCGUGCCUUUUCCCAGCCCCGUGGCAUUUCAGCCUGUCCUCCCAGGUUCUUCCCCGGCUCCUGAUACCUUCCCUCAGACAGCUGCUCUUCAUCGGACUGGUGCUCUGCCUCAUAGGACUGCUUUACCUGCUGCUUGUCACUGGAAAAGGGCAUGCCAGCUGGAUCAGAGAGGAAAAUCACUUCCACAGGCACUUGGCAAGGGUGACUGAUGUGGACGCAACAGAUACAAGCAACCCCAACCUGAAUUACGGCCUGGUGGUGGACUGUGGCAGCAGCGGCUCCAGGGUGUUUGUGUAUUGCUGGCCCCGGCAUAAUGGUAAUCCCCAUGAACUGCUGGAUAUUCGGCAAAUGAGAGAUCAACACCGCAAGCCAGUGGUUAUGAAGAUCAAACCGGGUAUCUCUGAAUUGGCUAAAACACCAGAGAAAGCCAGUGAUUAUAUCUAUCCACUGCUGAGCUUUGCAGCCCUACACAUUCCCAAAAAUAAGCACCAAGAAACACCCCUGUACAUCCUGUGCACAGCUGGAAUGAGAAUCCUUCCUGAAAGUCAACAGGAGGCACUUCUCGAGGAUCUACGAACAGACAUCCCAGUCCACUUCAACUUCCUCUUCUCUGAUUCCCAUGUGGAAGUGAUAUCUGGAAAACAGGAAGGUGUCUAUGCAUGGAUUGGGAUAAACUUUGUCCUUGGAAGGUUUAACCAUGUGCACAAUGAUGGCGAAGCUGUAGUGGAGGUAAAUGUCCCCGGCAGCGAUCAGCAGGAGGCGCUGGUGAGGAAAAGGACUGCCGGUGUCCUGGACAUGGGCGGGGUCUCCACACAGAUCGCAUACGAAGUGCCCAAAACUGUAAGCUUUGCUUCUCCACAGCAGGAGGAAGUUGCCAAGAACCUACUUGCAGAGUUCAACUUAGGCUGUGACGCACAUCGCACAGAGCAUGUUUAUCGUGUUUAUGUUUCUACCUUCCUGGGUUUUGGAGGAAAUGCAGCACGCCAAAGAUAUGAGGAGAGCAUCAUCAGAAAUACUGCCACUCGAAACAAGCUGUUUGGUCAGCAUAAUGGUGAGACGGCAGACUCUCCUCUCCUGGACCCUUGUCUACCCGCAGACCUGCAGGAUGAAAUCGGUCCGUCCACACAGAAGCUCUAUCUGCGAGGCACAGGAGACUUUGACCUUUGUAGGCAGAUUCUCCUGCCGUUUCUCAACCGCACCAAUGAGACCCUAACCUCCCUCAGUGGCGUCUACCAGCCCACCAUCGACUACAGCAACAGUCAGUUCUACGGCUUCUCUGAAUUCUACUACUGCACAGAGGACGUGCUGCGCAUGGGUGGGGAUUAUAACGCCUCCAAAUAUGCCCAGGCUGCCAAGAGUUACUGUUCGACCCAGUGGAAGACUCUGAGAGAACGCUUUGACUCUGGCUUGUAUGCUUCACAUGCUGAUCUUCACAGACUGAAGUACCAAUGUUUUAAAUCAGCAUGGAUGUAUGAAGUUUUGCACUCAGGCUUCUCUUUCCCAACCAAUUAUAAAAACCUGAAGACUGCCCUACUGGUCUAUGACAAGGAGGUUCAGUGGACUCUUGGAGCGAUUCUCUACAGAACACGGUUUCUGCCGUUGAGGGACAUCCAGCAGGAAAGUCUGAAAGGAGUGCACUCUCACUGGCGGCACAGCUUCUCCUUUGUUAACAACCACUACUUAUUCCUGGCUUGUUUUUUCAUUGUGUUGUUGUCUAUUAUGCUGUACUUACUGCGACUCCGCCGCAUCCAUCGGCUGACGGCGCAGCGCUGCAGCCCUUCCUCUGUACCGUGGUUGGAGGAGGGCCUCGGCUCACCCACACUCCCUAUCAACCUCUAAACUUUCUAGAGCGUAAAGUCUUGACAUCAUGUCUGGCGCUCCGAAGCCGAUCUCAUUUUCUCUCUGAGGCCAUCUGCUUGUUCAGUGAGCUGUUGAAGUCUGCUCCCCUGAAAACCCUUCUGCGAGUUGAAACAGAGGCGGUGGUGAGAAUUGAGGAAUAUGAGGAAGAUCUUAAGUGAGUCUUCAGGCUUACCUGAGCCAUGAACAUAUUUGUGUUUAAGUUAUUUUGUUUAAUUAUGACAUGUCUUUUUUCAGAAUCACAUUUUUGCCUCCAGGUGUCUUCUAUUUUAUUUAAAAAAUAAAUAAAUAGAUACAAACACAGCGGUACUUUGCUCACUAGCUAAUUUCCUGUACCACUUUGAGUUUCACAAAGUUGGACAUUUUGGACUUUUGCCUUUCUUUAUGCCUCUUCUGUGUAUGAUCACAUCUUUUUUUCUUUGUUUUUAUAGUUGUUAAAUGGUACAAGCACUCAUCAUUUCUACAGGAACCUCAAAUGCAAUAUGAUUUACAACUGAUGGAAGGAGCACUUUGUAAUGCGGUUGAGAUGCACCUCCCAGCUAGAAUGGUCUUUUUGUGUGUGUGUGUGUGUGUGUCUUUUCCACAUUGUUCUGCCUCAACAAGACAAGUAGCCUUGAAUAGCUAUACUAGUGCAAUACAUGUCUUGUCACUGUUGGGGAAACUCUCCAAAACACUUCUUCUCUUUUGUCGAGAUUAUCAGUCUCUCUUAAAUCCCUGCUGAAAUUCUUGUGUUGGGUUGUCUGACUUUGAAGUUGGGAACUAUUGCAUAUAUUUACGUUGGGCUUCAUUUUCAGAAGCUGUCAUAUCACUGCUGUGAGGGGGAUUGCAAAUGAGAGCACAUGCCCCAUUAUUUAUAUGAUAAUGGUCUAUAGUGAAAUGUUUGCACAGAUGAAUGCGGAGUUAAUGUUGUCACAUUGCAGCUGAGUAAUAAUAAAGGUUUUGUGGUACACUU